AUGAAAGGAGAAGUCGUGGCGACUCUCAAUCAAUCGCCGUACAUCUUCAACCAUUCAAUGGCGGAUCCACGGUAUCGACAUGCAUCGUCAGGGCGGCGGUCUCCCACCUUUCAUCACGCGCGCUCGUCCGUGCCCACGAACCUUGGGUACAAUUACAGCGGAGAUAUUCACGCCGUCCCGACCGGUCGGUACGAUACCACUGCGCUCCGGCGCACUGGUGAGCACUCGCACCACCGCCCCGCGACAACGACAAUCACUACAUACAAUGUCACCAAGGAACCAACCGUGCAAAGCACAACGAGCCGCGAUCCCAGCCGCAGCCGUCAUCGAUCAUCAACUUUUACCACGGGCUCCGUGAAGCCAAUUAUUGUAACCACCAACCAUAGUCGCCCACACAAUCCGUCUUCGCAUGCCUCGUCCGUUGUGCCGCGGCGGCCCGAAAGCCCUGGUAGAGACCCUUAUCGUUCUAGCGAAGAAACCUAUUACUCUCAGCCGGCAUCGUCUAUACGUUCGCGAAGCCACCAGCGCCACAACAGUACCGGCUAUGAUCAUGAGAGUUUGCACCGCAUGAGGGAGCGCAUAGGCGCUGUUGAUGAUCGACUCCGGGCUCCUGUCCGAACUCACAAUAGAGCUCCCACAUACUCAAAUCUGCCCAGAGGCAGCUCUGCCGACUACGCUAUGGACGACUACGAAUACACGAAACCAAGUGAUUUGGCAAGAUAUGAUUUGGACCAUGAACGGCCACGGAGCCGUAAUGGAAGACGUGACAGCAUCGAUCGUGGGAACAACUACUAUCGGCCAUCGGUCAAUGUUGUGUCCCACGACUACAGCGCUCGCCCGGCCGAGCGAAGGCCACCACCAACAUCUGGAGCACUCGAUCGGUACAAUCGAAACGCUGCAGCUGGUAUUUAUGAACGUGGAGCUGCCCCAAUUCCCAAUUUGCCAGCUGCACCGGCCUCUCCCCUAGUUGAUCCUCGAAGAUCAGGUCUGCUCGAACGUCCUUCUAGUCCGGCGAAUGAUAGAAGAACAUCACGGCCAAGACCCGUUUCAUUAUAUCAAGAUCCUUCCCCUAGGAUGGAUGACUUGUCUUUCCGAGCACGCGAUGAUAACCUUCAUCAUGAGCGUCGGGAUCGUGAACGGGAACGGGAACGGGAACGUGAUCGAGAACGCGACCGGGACGAGGCAUUCCGUGAUGAGGCGGUCAGCUCACGUGGCUUUGGCAUUCGGUCUGAUCUCAUCGAGCCUACCGAGUCACGGCGCCCAACUGAAACAGAGCGAGUUGACCGGCGAGAUCUGGAGGAAUACCGUCCUCACCGAGACUAUGAUUCUCGAGAGCCCAAGCGCCGAUCAGAUGAGAGCUUGGACAAGUCUCGCGGGCGGCAUGAGCGAAGAUCAUCUGUCAUUGGUGACCGGCAACGUAUCGAAGAAAGUCGAGAUCGCAAGGAUGGCAAGGGAGAAAAGAUGCGCGACAAGGUCGCCGCCGGUCUGAGUGUUGCAGCAGCCGCUAUUGGUCUGGGCAACGCUGGCAAAGAGAAGGAAAAGGAUGACAAGGAUGGCAGGGUAUCUCCAAGACGGCGCAUGGACUCGGAACUUGCCAACACUGAAGCUGUUGACUCUCGCCACACGGAUCGAUACAAACCUCGAGAUGUCGAUAUCGAGAGGAGAAGUUCGCCCCGUGAGGAUGCCCUGUACGCGGAUGAAAGGAAGGAACGCCAUGAACGUCGGGAUGAUUCUUCAUCUCGUGAGCGUGAGCGCCAGCGCGAGAGAGAUCGAAAAGAAAAGGAGCGCGAAAAGGACCGCAGUAGACGUGAUCAAGAAGCAAGUACAUCUGGCAGCAAAAGAGAGGAUUAUCCGCACUCGGAUGAUGCCGCUGCCGCUGCUAAGCGUCGACAGCGUAGUUCUGCUGCAUUCGACCCUACAGAUACCAAGGGUCUAAUGGAUCUCAAAGCCGAACUAGCUGCCAUUGACCCGGGAAAGUCAAAGGAGAAAGACAAGCCAGUUGCAAAAGAACGAACAGAACCAGACGUCAUUGCCGCUGAUCUGGGUCGAGAUCGCGAGCGGGAACGAGAGCGAGAACCUCGUGAUCGCGACCGCGAUCGAGCCAAUCUUGACCGUGCUCGGGAUGAGUCUCGCGGUCGAGAGCUGGCAUUGGUAGAUGCUGAGCAGAAGUCAGUCCGCGUCGUGUCUCCCCCACGGGACAAGGCGGACUCAAAGCCCAUCAAGGGUAUUUUGAAGCAACCCACGUCCCAAUUCCCCGAGGACGCGAACCCAAUCCGCGAGGGCGUCGCACCUCAUAAAGACGAUAAGACCAAGAAAGAUGUACCAGCAGGAGCUCGGUGGACCAAGAUCAACCGUCGAAUGGUCAACCCCGAGGCUCUCACCAUUGGAAAGGAGCGCUUUGAAGUGCGAGACGACUUUGUCAUUGUACUUCGUGUGUUGAGCAAGGAGGAAAUCCAGGCAUAUGCCACUGCCACUGCUCAGUUGCGAGAGAUGCGUCGGAAAGAGUACGAGCGCGAACACGGCGACCGCGAUUCUGAUCGUGAUCGGGAUCGUGAUGCGGACGAGCACAGAAAGCGUCACAGGCACCGUCGUGACAGAGAUGAUGACGACAUUCAAGAUAAAGAUCGGGAUGAUGACCGUGAGCACUCUCGUCGUCACAGACGUGAUGAUGAAGACGACAAACCCCGGGCAAUUGAAUACGACGAUCAUAGUCGUCAUCAUCACCGUUCAUCCCACCGAGACCGGGAACGAGACAUGGAGACUAUUAGUGACGAUAGGAGGUGA